GGCGCUCGGCCUGCCCGCGAAGUGACUCUCGUUGGCCCAUUGAAGUCACUGGGGAGAGUAGGGGGAGAGGCCCGGGCAGGCGGCGGGUUCCCGGAAGAGGUUUUCCGUGAGGGCGGAGGAGCCCCAGGAACUUGCCGGUCUCCCCGCGGGCCCUGCUCCCUAGGCCUCUUGACGCCUGCGGGCUCCAGGGGACCAUCAGAGCCCCUGCAGCCUAGGCCAGAGGGCCAGCGCUUAAUCCUGCCUGCAGAAGCGUUUUAUUUUGGCCUGAGUUUUUUAAAAGCUUUGAGACCACCUCUUAAACGUUCACACCUGGUAACUCUUAAACUGCGGCACCGUCGGCCCGCAUUCCCGCGCGGGGAGCCAAGUAGCGGUUUCUUCUUCGCGCCCGGGCCUUUCCGGUCCACCCCGCUCCCCACAGAGCCCUGUCGUGUGGAAGGCCACCCUGCGUCGUCAUUUGGGUUCCAGCGUGGCCGGCGUUUGAGUCUCCAGCCCCUGCAAAUAUCAGUAAAUUGAAGAGGCUUUUACAGAAACCGGAGCCUCAUUCUCUUAGUAAUGAUGCAUUAAUGAGGAGGGCUGUGUCUUUGGUAACAGAUAGCACCUCUACCUUUCUCUCUCAGACCACAUAUGCAUUGAUUGAAGCAAUCACUGAAUAUACUAAGGCUGUUUAUAUCUUAAUUUCUCUGUACCGACAAUACACAAGUUUACUUGGGAAAAUGAAUUCACAGGAGGAAGAUGAAGUGUGGCAGGUGAUCAUAGGAGCCAGAGUUGAGAUGACUUCAAAACAGCAAGAGUACUUGAAGUUGGAAACCACCUGGAUGACUGCAGUUAGUCUUUCAGAGAUGGCAGCAGAAGCUGCAUACCAAACUGGAGCGGACCAGGCGUCUGUAACCGCCAGGAGUCAUAUCCAGCUGGUGAGAUCGCAGGUGCAGGAGGUGCGCCAGCUUUCCCAGAAAGCAGAAACCAAGUUGGCAGAAGCACAGACAGAAGAACUCCGACAGAAAACACAGGAGGAAGGGGAUGAGAGGGCUGAGCCAGAGCAGGAGGCCUACCUGCGUGAGGAUUGAGGGCCUGAGCUGCUGCCCACGUCUGCCCACUCGGCCUAGGGAAAGCAAGGGCAGACGCCAUCCAGCCCCGGGUCAGCACAGCUUUCUCUGCACAGAGAGGCAUGGCAGGCAGGUCCUGCCCUGGCCCAUCAGACCAGAGGUCAUUGUGAGCUGUGAGUGCCUGACCCCUAUCUCCCCGGUCUCAGGCUUCUACUGGACCUGGUUCUUAGCCCUGCAGCCUGCAGGGCACUGCACCCUGUUUAACAUUUCACCCUGCUCAGCACAGCUGCCCUCUCACCCAUCGAUCUUUUUACCUCCCACCCAGAGCAUCUCACCAACCUGGCCAGAGAGAAGGGGCUUCUCUGUCAUGUCCACAAGUUCAGUAGCUAUUAAACCUCAGUUUCCCAUC